AUGUCGGUUAUGGUUGUGCUAAAGAUCAUUAAACAUUACCAAGAAGAAGGACAGGGGAAUGAAGUGGUCCAGGGAGUGCUGCUGGGUCUUGUGGUGGAUGACAGACUUGAAAUCACAAACUGCUUCCCUUUUCCUCAGCAUACAGAAGAUGAUGCAGACUUCGAUGAAGUUCAGUACCAGAUGGAAAUGAUGCGAAGCCUGCGCCACGUAAACAUUGAUCAUCUUCACGUUGGCUGGUACCAGUCCACGUACUAUGGCUCUUUUGUCACUCGUGCCCUCCUGGACUCCCAGUUCAGUUACCAGCACGCAAUUGAGGAGUCUGUAGUUCUCAUUUACGAUCCCAUUAAAACUGCGCAAGGGUCUUUGUCACUCAAGGCAUAUAGGCUGACUCCCAAACUGAUGGAAGUUUGCAAAGAAAAAGACUUCUCUCCAGAAGCCUUGAAAAAAGCAAAUAUUGCUUAUGAAAACAUGUUUGAAGAAGUGCCCAUUGUAAUUAAAAAUUCAUACCUGAUCAAUGUGAUGUUGUGGGAACUGGAAAAGAAAUCCGCAGUAGCCGAUAGACAUGAAUUGCUCAGUCUGGCUAGCAGUAAUCACCUAGGGAAGAGUCUGCAGCUGCUGAUGGACAGAGUGGAUGAGAUGAGCCAAGACAUUGUUAAAUACAAUACUUACCUGAGGAACGUAAGCAAACAGCAGCAGCAGAAGCAUCAGUACCAGCAGAGACGUCAGCAAGAAAAUAUACAGCGUCAAAGCCGAGGAGAAGCCCCUCUUCCUGAGGAGGACAUCAAUAAACUUUUUAAGCCACUGCAGCCGCCUGCAAGAAUGGAUUCACUCCUUAUUGCAGGUCAAAUUAAUACCUACUGCCAGAAUAUUAAGGAGUUCAAUGCACAGAACCUGGGCAAGCUUUUCAUGGCUCAGGCUCUCCAAGAUUACAACAACUGAAGCAACUUUGCUGUGGCCCUCAACAGGAGAAGUUAUUUACAGUUUUAUACUGUUCAUGAUCCUCUUGAAAAUUUAGUAUAUUGGGAAAAGAGUUGUGUAAAACAGAGUCAUCUUGGUUUGCAUAGAAUUCUCCUGUAAGAAAAAUAAAGGCAAAUUUUAACGAUA